AUGUGCCCCAACGCGUCAACGCCGGCGACCGGCGAUGCCGACUCCGACGCCGACGCGGGCGCCACUGUUCUUGCAAAGCUUCAUGCUUUGCGAGCUGCCAUCGUCUCGGUGCUUUCAGCCGCGGCCGAUGCUGAGUCCCAAGCCGUGGCAGCACGCGCGCUGAGCGCGGGCAUCUACCGCGCCGUCGCACCGGCCGAGCCCCUCCUCGCGGCGUUCCGCCGCGUGUCCGCGCUCGCCGAGGAUGCCGCGCCACCCGCGAACCCGGGCGACGCCGAGAGCGCGGUCGCGUUCGUCGACCGUGUGGACCAGCUGCGGGACGCCAUCGAGGAGGUGGUGGCGCGCGGCGAAGAGGCCGUCCGGAGGGUGGAGGAGGCCGUCGGCUUCCUGGGUCGGACCAAGGCGGCCGGCCGGGGCCACGUACGGAGGCUGACCGAGGCCGCCGCGGCGCUGCGCGCGGUGUACGAGACGGAAGCCGAGGAGAUGCGCUUCGAGGGCCCCCUCGACGAUGCUCUCCUCGGCCUCCAGGAGCUCUUCGAGGCGGUGCUCCUCAGGCUGAAGCACCCGGCGCCCGUGGACGACGACGUCGCCGGCGCCGAGGGAGGCACGGCCGGGUACGAGCUGGGCACUGACGACGAGGUGGAGGCCAACGCAAGGAUGGCCAGGACGCUGGCCGGCAACGACUGCUUGGAUAUCUGCCUCGACAUCUACGUCACGACGAGGUACAGGAGAGCGGCCAAGGCGAUGAUGCAGCUCAACGCGGCGUACCUCAAGUCGUACACGCCGGAGGAGAUCGACGCCAUGGAGUGGGAGUUGCUGGAGUCGGCCAUGGCGCUAUGGAGCCCGCAUUUCCACGUGGCUAUCGCCUCCAUGCUCGUCGCGGAGCGCCGGCUCUGCGCGCGCGUGCUCGAGCCCCUGCCGCCGGCGGUCUGGCCCGAGUGCUUCGCCAAGAUCGCCGCCAGCAUCGUCGCAGCGUUCUUCCGCUUCACGGACGGCGUGGCCGCUGCGGCGCGCGAGCCGCAGAAGCUGUUCAAGCUGCUCGACAUGCUCGACGCGGUGGUCCGGGAGCGGGAGCGCCUGGACGAGCUCUUCACCAGCGAGUCGACCACGCUGGUCGCCAUCCGCAAGCGCACGCGCGAGGUGGAGCGCGCGCUGGCGCGCGCCGCGGCCGGCGUGUUCUUCGAGUUCGGUCUCCACAUCGAGACGCUCUACGUCACCGGCGCCGGCGCCAACUCCGGGCACGUGCCCAAGAUCGUGCGGAGGAGAACACGGGCGAGGGUGGCAACCGCGCCCGCUUGCCGAGGCGGCGGCGAGCGUGAUGGAGGCGCUGCACCGGCCCGUCGAGGCGGCGCGCCGGGUGUGCCCGGACACGGUGGCGUCGCAUGUCUUGGCCAUGAACGCGUACUGGUACAUCUACAUGCGCACCCGGGGCUCGGAGCUGGCAAAGCUGGUGGGCGAGGACACCUUGCGGCGCCGGUACAAGGCGGCGGCGGAGGAGGCGGCGUGGGAGUACCAGGACGCGGUGUGGACCCCGCUAGUCCGGCUCGUCAGCGGCAGCAGCUCCGGCGCGCCCAAGACCUGGCCGCCGGACGAUGCGCGGGAGAAGGCGACGGCGUCGCUGACAAGCUCGAGGAGAGGGUGAGGCGGCACGGGGCCGAGUACAAGAUACCGGACGGCGACCUCCGGGGACAGAUCAAGGUCGCGGCGGCCAAGGCGGUGCGCGGCGCGUACGCUGGGUUCUUGAAGGCCAACGACAAGGCCCUGGCUGGCGGUCGGAAGCAACUGCUGCCGCUGGACAUCAUCGAGGGAAUGGUUAGGCGCGUGUUCGACGAAAUGAGCGAUGGAGCCGCCGGCAGUGUCGGCCGGGCGAGAAGCCGGCGGGAGUCGAGGAGCAGCGGCAAUUUGGAGGGCUUCUACGCCGUCUAA